AUGGCGCUGCAGACUCCGCUGCCUCCCAACUUGCGGAGGGGGCUGACAACUUUCAGCGGGUCCCUCUUCAUCAACAACAAGACUGGCGACUGUGGCCUGGCACACAGCUACCACCCAGACCACACGGUGCUUUCCAGCCUGCCGUUACAGAUGAUGCUGUACUUCAAUGCCUUCUUCUUCCCCUUCUGGUGCCUGUCGGAGGGGGUCAUGCUGGAACUGAAGUAUAGCCUACUGCCCACUUACUACCAGUUCUUGCUGGUCAGUGCGUACCUGAUGAUCAUCUCAGCCGAAGGCCUGCGGCUCUACCUGGGGUUUAUCGGCAAUCUGCAGGAGAAGGUCCCGGAACUGGCUGGCUUUGUCCUUCUCUCCUUCCUGAUUGAGACGCCCGUCCUGCUGUUCAUCCUGACCGACGAGCACAUCAUCCGCCUGCCGCUGGAGAUGGCCGUCCACCUGGUCCUCCUCCUCUUCCUUGCCUCUGAGAUCACGGCGGCUGUCUUUGCUCUCAAGGGGAUGACCAGGCAGCUAGCCAGGCAGUUCUACCUGAAGCAAUUUGAGGAGGGGCCCGGCGGGCUGGGUCCGGGUGCGAGGGGCAGCCAGCAGGGGGCUCGGCUGUCCGUCAGCAUUGACUCCGCCCUGCUUUCUGCACAGGGGCGCUAA